AUGCCCGUCUUUCUAACGGAGGGAAUUACUCACCUUCUACCAAAAACAGAAAACCCAGAUAAUCCUUCCCAAUAUCGACCCAUCACCUGCCUCCCAUCAAUUUAUAAGAUAUUUUCAAGCUGCAUUAGCAGUACAAUAUAUACCUACCUGGUCACCAAUAACAUCCUACACGAAGAGCAAAAAGGUUGCAAAAGCAGGGCAAUGGGCUCUAAGGAACAGCUUGUAAUAGACUCGGUGGUUUUGGAGCAAGCCAGACAUAACAAAAGAAAUAUCUUCAUGGGCUAUAUUGACUAUCAGAAAGCGUUCGACUCCAUACCACACAGCUGGCUGUUGCAAGUUCUAGAAAUCUACAAUGUUGACCCCAAAAUCUGCCGAUUCUUUAAGACCAUGCCUUCAUGGACGACCUCCCUCAACCUCAGGUCUGCCCCCUCUUAUCAUAACAUCGCCAAAAAUUCCAAUUCGUAG